UCUCCGGUUGUUGGCCGUAAUUCUUUACAAAUUACAGGCCGAAUGAUUUACACGAAUCUUCUGUUUCUCAGGCCUCAUUAGAUUAAUCCAAAGACAAAAAGAAGGCUUCAAUUUCAAAAAGAUAAAGUGUCCAGACACCCAACCCCCAUCAUACAACUAAGUGAAACUAAAGCCGGGUUAUUUAGAACCAUCUCACAGCCUGGGAUUUUGAUCAUGUGAGCACCGCAAAAAUUUGCAAGGUGGUAGUGAGUGAUAAAAUCUAGUCAAGGCUGUAUGGACUAUGUCUCUCAUGCAAUAUUCACCAUGGCAACUCUUGAGGAGACAAUGAAAAUCUUCCAAUCAUGUGAUGCAGUUUGCUUUGAUGUUGAUAGUACUCUCAUUGAAGAUGAAUCAAUUGAUGAGCUUGCUGCAUACUGUGGAGUUGGUGAAGCUGUAAAAGAUCUAACAAAGCAAGCUAUGGGAGGUCAGAUGAGCUAUAAAGAAACCUUAGAAGCCAGACUGAACCUGAUCAAUCCAAGUAGAGAAUUGAUGGAGAAGUUUAUUCAGCAAUCUCCUAUUAAAUUCACCAAGGAAAUACCGACUUUGGUGAGCAAACUUCAGGAGCGAGGAACAGCCAUCUAUUUAGUAACAGGAGGAUUUACUUGCAUAGUAAGAAGCUUUGCAGAGAAACUCAACAUCCCAGUAGAGAACAUAUAUGCUAAUAAACUUCUCUUUGACUAUGAUGGGAAGUAUGUGACAUUUGAUGAGUCCCAGCCAACAUGUAGUACAGGAGGCAAGCCAAAGGUGAUGUCAAUCUUGAAGGAGAAGUUUGCCUAUAAACACCUUGUCAUGAUAGGAGAUGGAGCUACAGACAUGGAAGCAGUCCCUCCUGCUGAUGCCUUCAUUGGGUUUGGAGGGAAUCAGAUCAGAUCUAAGGUACAGGAAGGAGCACAGUGGUUUGUGACUGACUUCAAAGAACUUAUCAAUGUAUUAGAUGCAUCAAGUGAUUCAUAAUAGUAGUAUGGUCAUAGAGAUUGUAGACAAGUGUCAGAUACAUAUUCAUAACAUUAGUUCUGUGCUCAUGCCAUAUUCAAUUCAAUUUUCUCCUAAAUUCCGUUUAUAAUCAUCAGAAAUUGAGUUGAGCGGGCCUCUAGGACCCUUAUUCGUUUGAUUGUCUUAGUGAUCAGAUCUGUGCAAUGCCAUUGGUUUAACAUUUCACAAUUUUGAUUUUGCACACUUCAACCAAUCAUAAGUACCACAGGUCUUCAAAGUGACACUAUCAGUAAUGAAGAUAAAGAUAAAUUGAUUUUCAGAUUAAAUUGCCUGGUGGGUGUUUCACGACUGGAACAUGAUCUUAUGUCAUAACUCAAUUACAUAGGGAUAUCACAUAGCACAAGAAAGGAUGACCAGUCAUGCUUAAAGUUAUUCGUAUCUUUCAAACUGCUUUAUUUUGUAGGGCAAGUCAGAUGUACAGAGGUUAUAACAUUUACCUAUCAUGAUUGAAAAAAUAGUUGUCAAUGUUCCCUUACUACCUCAAAUAGUAGUAAAUUUAAGAUUGUAUUUUAGGUUUCAACACUGCGUCAGAAUGUGUCUGAGUUUCUUAAUUAUUUCAUCAUUAGUCCAUUCUUCUGGUUCUAAUGUCUAUUGAGGGUUACGAUAGGACAUUGUGAUAUUAAAUGACAGGCAGAUCUUGUUCUUAAACAAGAAUUUUAACUUUUAUCUCUUGUUCCAUUAUGUCACUGCAAAGCAGUGUGUGUAUCUUCUAGACAUUACUUAUCUUGCAUUCUUGUUUUUGUGCUUCUUUAUUAUCUGGUGUGUAAAUUCUACAAAUUUUUUCCCCUCUUUUGCUAUGGAUUUUUUAUAAUCAUUUGAAGGUACUUUUGCUUUAGUUCAGUUUAGUUUAUGAUCAAUAUUGGAAGCUUUGUUUCCGUUCAUCCAGCUUGAAAGUUAUCUAAACCCAUAUCAUUUUUCAAACACUACAACUUUAUUUUCUCUGGUGCUAUUUCUUUCAGUCUUUCCAUAUUCCCCUUUUUUGUUUUCUUUCACACACUUCUGUUUAUUUCCUUUUUUCCUUGAAAGAUAAAUUCCAGGUGUGGGAAUGGUCACAAAAUGAAUAACAGAAUCCCGUGAAUUGACCAUUGAGUAUUUGUACAUGUAUGAAUUGAUAAAAAUCAUGCGACAAAGUAUUGUAGUAGAAAAUUAUUAAUUGCUCAGUAAUUAGCAACUUAAGCAAGACAUUUUGCACUUUGAUAUUCUUUGAGAUAUUGACCAUUAUAAUAUACAACCUCCAAACUUGUGGUAGACCAACUGUCGUUAUGGUUUAAUACCAAUCCAUUGAAUAGCAUCUGAUUUUAAACCUUGGGAGCAGUGCAUGAGCUAUUUGUUAUAAACUACUCAUAUCCUUGCAUUUGAUCGGCUCAAGACAGAUCUCAAACAAAAAUUGAUGCAUCAGGGAUCAUAAGUAACAUUAAAAGCCCGCUUCUUGAUGUUGUGCUUAUUUCUUGUUAGAAUCAGGAAAUUAUGUUCACGCUGAUAUUAAAGUUAGUUUCAAUAACAGCAGAAAAGUAGAUAAUUGGUAAUAGUAAGAUAAAAAUCUGUCAAAAAAUGUAAAUAUAUUAUUCUCAAAGCUUUGAUUGUGACAUCACGGACGAACAGCUCUUCCAUCUGUCGUUUGAUAGGGAUUUUUAAAAAUUCAAUUUUCUCAUGAAAUUAAAAGUUAUUUUAUUUGCAAAGUGGAUGUAUCAUUAGACACAUAAUUUCAUACCCCUUUCUGUAAGAAAAAUAUUUAAAUUUUAAAAAUUAUACCAUAAUUUCAUACCCCUUUCUGUAAGAAAAAUAUUUAAAUUUUAAAAAUUAUACAUCAUGUUCAAUUUGAGAAUUUGAAUGUAUGGAAUUUAUAUUAAAUGAUAUAUGAGGAGCUGUUCAAGAUCCUAUGAUGUCACAAUUUAAGAAUUCAUUACUCUCUUAUUCCUUGGAUUUUGAUCAAACCACCAAUAUUUUUCUCUGUUUUUUUCCGCUAACGUUUUAAAACUUAUUGUCAGGGUCAAUGAAUAGGGAACAGAAACUGAAUGCUGCCAUGAAUAUGUAAAUCAUGUUCUUUUUCAAUAUUUGAAUAUGUAUCACUCAAUAUUAUGCCUUGAACAUUUUUAUUCCUCCUUGUCUUAUCUGAUGUCAAAUGAUACAAUUUUGUAUAAGAAAGAUAUUAAAUUCAACCUUAUAGGAUGAAACAAGAAUUUGCA